AUGAGUGCGUACAACACAGAGACGAUAGACUCCUGCAUGAUCAACAUUAAGACAAUUCCUAGCAAAUGACCUAAGAAAAUUGCCUUAAAUAAGCUUGAGCCAAAGACCAACAAGAGCAGGAAUUUCAUUAAAUAAGCACAAUACCACCACUGGGGCUAAAACUAAUAUAAAAGGAAGAGAACCAGGAGUUUACAAUGCUUUUAUCUCAAGAAAAAGCUUCCGGAACAACAAAGUCAGCAAUACUAAAAGUGUCUACAAAUAAAGAGAAGUCUAGUGAAAAGCCUGUUACCCAGCCAAAAGCAUCAUCCAAAUGUAGUCUGAAUCAUAAAAUUAAUAAAAAUACUCUUUACAGGAAAACUUUCAGGACUAAGAUCAGCCCAAAACAAGGGUACAGUCGGAAUAUUAGCAAGCCCAAGUAUCUUGCGACACAGCCAAUAAAUUGUUACUCGAUCAAACUCCCAACGAAUACUGACCAUAUCAAGAAGAAGAGAGGGAGCUCUAAGCCAAAAACAAAUUAUAAUCAAGGGAAUAAAUGGUGAAGUAGCUUCACUUACACAAUGAGAGAGUCUAAUAAGUUCAAAUUCGCAAGAUCUCCACAAAACAAACCUAAACGGCCCAUAGUUUGAAGCAAAUCUCCAAAUGUGUCACACAGGAUGAAAGUAGCCAAACCAGGAAAGCUCCCAUCCUGUAAAAAGAGAAAAGAAGAAAUUAAAACAAAAUGUAGUCCAAAGCAGAAAGCAAAGAAACUUGUACCUCAGAGCUAUCGUAGUAACAUAGUGCCAGCUCCAAGGAUCUGUAAGAAGUUGAUCUCCAAGAGGGAAAACCCUAAAAGGUUAGGGAAACGAUCCCCUCCAGCAAUUCCCAAAAGAAGCAUCAAACUCAAUCUGGCCAAUAUCUCUACUAAUAAGUUCCCUAGCAAGCAGCCAGAGGUGAAAAUGGAGAAGUAUUCUAAAUAUAUCAUUAAGAAGGAAGCUCAGGAGAUUAAUAAACAUGCUGAAAAUCAGCCAGAGGGAAACCAGAACACGAUUUCCAAUGUAAAUAUAAGCAUUGAGGACCUUGAAUGCAUCACUACUUCAGAAGGUGACAAAAUCCGCUCCUCAAAAGAAGUCCCUGAAAUUGUCUCGAAAGAGAUCUUCCUCAGUAAGGAAACUGACCCACCUAUGAGAAUUUACGACAUGCCUGAAGACCUUGAGAGUGAAGUAUCAAGCUUCAAGGGUUGAAUCUCCCCUGACAAGCUCUUUGCUGAUCCUGAUGAAUCUCAAGAGAAUACUGUAGAACGAAGGAUCGAGAUCCUUGAACUUCAUGACUUAUUGCUAGAUGAACUUUGUGUGAAUCAAGAGGAAAAGUUGAAUCAAAAAGUUUCCCAAAUAGAACUUCUAGACGAUCCAAGCGAAGCCCAUAAAGAAGAAGAGACUAAGAAAGCUCUUAAAAAUAACCCUCAGGACCAACAAGAUCGAGAACUCAAUGAAAGGGGAACAAUGUCUGAGAAUUCUAAUCCUGAAGAUAAUGGAGAGACUACUGUUGUGAAUUGAACAUCUCAGGCAGGUGCUUUCUCCCAAAUAAAUACUGACAGAGUUGACUAAUUAUUUCAAUAACCAAGUAAAAUA